CCAACCCGUGCAGCAGCAGCUGCUGCCCCUCUUCCUUACCCUCAUCAUCACUCACCCACAAACAAACCUAACACAGCCACAAGUGAAACCCAUAGCAGCAACCUCACCCUCCUUUAGCGUAGCAGCACACACACGCAUAGAGAAAGAUAUCGGAGGAGAGGAGAGGGAGUCGGAGAGGCAGGGACGGUGCCACAGCCAGGGCUCACUGCCGCCCAGCUUGCCGUCGCGCCUCUGCCACCGAGAGGAGGAGGGAGAAUACGCGAUGCUGGAGGAGCCGCCCAGUCCCUGUCGCCUCUCGCAGCCGCUACGGUCCAUGCCGCCUUCGUCGUCGCCAGGGGAAGCCAGCGCCGCCAGUGUCGCAGUCGUGUGUGGAUGCAUGCCGCGCUCAGCCGCCAUCGCAUCCUGCCAUGCCGUCACCACAGAGCUGCCGAUCCGCCGUUGGAGAGAGAGAGGCUGGCGGGAGGUUGAGGUGCAUGGAAGAGGGCGAAGCCGACGCUGUCGCCGAUGCUGUCACCGCCGCGUGUGGAGUUGCCGCCUCCGUGCCGUCGAGAAGGCUGUUCAGCCACACAGAGUAAGGGGGAGAGAAAGCCCGGGAGCAGAGAGAGAGUGGAGGAAACUGCCUCUGCCGUCGCCGGAGAACUCUGCCGUUGAUCCACCGAAGCUUCUGGCCACCGCCGGAGUUGUUGCUGGGGCCGGUUCGAAAGCGCAGCUGCUUCGUUUUGUUAAUUCAUUGUUGAGAUUGUUGAGAAAGCAAGUGGAGCUGAGUUGUUGGCUGCGGUUGAUUUCGAGUUGAGGCUAAAAGGAUUCUGUGAUGCGUUUGAGUUAUGGAAUUUGCGUUUUGAGGAUAUGGGCGCAGAAGUUACGAAGAAUUUAUUUAGUUAUUGUUGUGAUGCUCUGUAUGGCCUUAGUUAUUAUUUAUUGUACCCUCGCCUUUAUCUUGAUAUAUUCUAUAAGAGGGAUAGGAAUUAUAUUGGUUAAUGUUUGUAAUAUUACUUAUAUAUAUGUAUGUAUAUAUAUGGAUGUAUCUUUUAAGAGUUUUUGUAAGUUGUAUGGUAUCUAUGGAUGUACUUUGUCGAACGAAAGUAUUUUGGGAGUGGUAUUGCGUUUUUAAAGUUUUAAA